CUGUAUCCGCUAUUUCCACCUUUCGAGGCGACAAUUUUGCUCGAGAACGACCCCAAGUCUUACUAAUAGACGUAACAUGGGCAAGAACAAAAAGUCAUUUGUCCCUACUGAAUCGUGUCUGUCCUUGUCCUCACAUCCCGAACUCGAAGAGAUCCACGACAAGCCGCGGAUCAUAGAUACUCACACACACUUGGUCUCGACGUUCAACGCGUACAAGUCAAAAUACGCACAAGGAAAAUACAAUACAGUUCAUGAAUUCGUGCGCGGGCUAUAUGCUGGCCAUAACGUAGAGGCCAUCGUCGACGUCUGGUGCGAGGCUCCCGUGCAGAGUGUAUGGCGGUCCAUUGCGAACUCUGCUCUCACGGAGGAGGACAGGCGAGAGAAAUGGGGCGGCAUAGAGUAUUGGUUUGUUAUGGGCGUCCACCCACACGAGGCGUCGCUUUACAACGACGACGUGGAGACAGAUAUAUUGGAGGCCAUGGCGCAUCCGCGCUGUGUCGGUUGGGGCGAGAUUGGAUUGGACUACCACUAUGACAAUUCACCACGCGAUAUUCAGCGGGCCGUCUUCGUGCGCCAGCUGCAGCAUGCCGUACGUCUCGGAAAGCCGCUGACGAUCCAUACACGCGAGGCGGAGGAGGACGCGGAACAUAUUCUCAAAGAGCAUGUUCCUAAAGAUCACAGGAUCCAUAUACAUUGUUACACAGACUCGCCAGAAUGGGCUGCGCGGAUGUUAGAUCAUUUCCCUAACCUGUUCAUUGGUGUCACCGGUGUCAUCACGUACUCUACAAACCUCAACACCUCUGCUGUCAUUCGCUGGCUUGUGCAACAUCCCACACCGAGCCAGCGCUCACCAUUACGCAUCGUCCUCGAGACGGAUGCACCGUUUAUGGUACCCUCCAAUAUAUAUGCGACGCCUGCCCUUAAAGAAGUCAAGGGCCGCCUGCCACUCUCCCACACAGCCAUGAUCCCUUGGACAGCCGCAUUUGUCGCAGUUGUUGCACGCGAGGCAGCUGGUGAUAGUGGGGAUGAAUGGACAAUCACACAGGUCUUGUGCGAGGCACGAGAGAAUGCGCGUACAAUGUAUGGUGUGUAAUGUAUGCUGCAUGUGGCUGUAUUGUUGCCCAAGCGCAUCCUAUGUGCUCGACAUCGCGAUCCUCAGCCGCGCCAUGUCGAGCCGUGCAUUGACACAAUGAUAUUGCUGCAUCCUCU